AGUUUACACUCGCGGUGGACGUUGUUUUACUGCUACCUUCGCUGUCCAUGGUUGAUUCGCAUUUGGAUCCUACAUUGAGUGCCAGAUCGUCAGUAUGCCGGCGGCAGCCACCAUGGACGAAACCACAUUCAGCUCGGGAAGCAUGUACUCCAGUGGAGAAGAGGAGAUCCUAGCCAGCGAAGGUCUUCGUCUAAGCCGUUCGGCCCGUUGGCGCGAGCGUACUUCCCGUCUAGUGAACUUCGAGCCGGCAGUGUUUUUAUUUUGCUUUGCGUUGAGCUUAUCAGAGAUUGAACUGUCCCAUCAAAUAAUCUACCAAACAUGCUGCGAACAAGGAUUCCAGCGGAGUGAGUGUCUACUGGUGGGAACAGAAGCGAAUUCACCCGUUGUUCAGGAAAUUGAAGCUCAGGUGAAACCCGUGGCGGCAAGUGUGAAUACAGUGAUAGUAGCUAUCAAGUCGGUGAUACCGGUAUUCGGCGCGUUACUUUUGGGAGCGUGGUCUGACCGUUACGGUAGAAAGCCCGUCGUUGUGAUAACUGGUUGCGGUUUGUUCGUUACAUAUGUUGUACUGACAGGGUUGAACUAUCUGUCGUCUUUCGUUCAGGUCAAUCUGUGGUUCUACGCUAUAGCUUUCAUUCCGUUUUCGAUUACUGGUGGAAUUGCUAUUCUAGUAGCAACAAUUUAUGCGUUCAUAUCAGAUAUAUCCAAUGACCAGAUUCGGACCAUCAAAAUGGGGUUCAUGAGUGCCGUUAUGGUUGCUGGAGCUGCAUUGGGAUCGUUUAGUUGCAGAUACAUUUUGGAAUGGACUGACUCGACUACAGUAUUUAUGAUUUCAACCAUUUGCAUACUGUUCGGACUUAUCUACAUUGUGCUGUUCAUUGACGACAGUAUUAUUCCCGGUGCUGACAAUGAACUUGGAAGCAAUUUGCAAACGUUGUUCUCUUUGAGCUUGAUAGAAGAUGUUAGGCAGGCGGUAGUUUGUAAAAGAUCAAGAUUUGUGUGGCAGAUCUUGGUGUUGAUCGUUGGGUUCAUAGCAAUCGUGGAAUUGGCUGCUGGCAACAAUUCUGUAGCAUACACCUAUGCCCAUCGUCAUUUGGAAUGGAGCAAAAAGCAAUACAGCUAUUUUCAGUUGUCGGAAAGCGGGUUAAAAAUAGUUGCGAAUACCAUUGGGAUAUUAUCUUUCAAAAGGAUAUUCAGUUGGCCUGAUACACUUCUAGCGCUGAUUUCCACCAUCAGUAACAUCUUAUGUUCAACCAUAAAAGGAUUCUCAACAGUUGGAUGGCAGUUCUAUAUGGCAACAAGUCUCACUUUUUUCAAAGGAACGGAACAAGCGGCAAUGCUUUCGGUUUGUGCCUACUUGCUACCAUCCAAUGAAAUUGCAAAAUUCUAUGCCCUGGCAAUGUCCGUCAUAGGAUUAGUUACUAUUGGAUCAGAACCACUUUAUGGCUAUUUUUACAAAGAAACUGUGGGUAGCAGUCCGGGAAUGGUCUACUUGUUUGAAUCUGGCCUUUACGGUGGAGCACUUGUUGUUCUUGUGUGUGUCCAAUUACUGAUGAACAAGCGAAAUCAACCAGAAUUGUUACUGUGAAAACUAUACAGCUUAAGGAACAAAAAUUUCAAAAGAUAGAGAAACGGUUAUUUCGUAAGCUCGGAUAAUUUUAUCCUCAGACAUUUUUCCACUUAAGAAAUAAAGCUGUGUGCUGUAACAUUUACAAGCUGUGUUAUUAGUAUUUUGCAAAAAGGUUUGAUUUUUGCUAUCCGGUACAUAAUUAAGCUUUCUUUUUACAUUGAAUGUAAUACUAUUUCAAAAACUAAGGCCUUGCCUGAAAAAAAAAAACACACUUUCAUUAUUACUUUAGAUUCAGUUUGGUAAGAUUGGUUCUAUGGGACGUAUUUCCGAUUUGCAUCGCGAAUAUUGAAAAAAAAUGGCUCUAUCAUUUUAUUUGGCUAAAUAUCAUUCUGCUAAGAGUAAUGUCUCAAAUUACGAAAUAUUACAUUAUUUUUAUGUUGUAUAAAUUAUUUCAAGAUGUAUGGAUUGAUUAAUAUUUUA